AUGUCUAUUUCACGUGAUCAACAUUCAAGAGAAUUCCUUAGUAGUGAAAUAAUUGAUGAUGAAUUUUUUAAUUCCAUAAUCGAGAAAAAGUUAAAUGUAUCCAGAGAAAGUAUUAAGAUCAAUCAUGUCAUGUUAUCAUCAGUUACAAAUAAGAACGAUAAUUACAUGUCAAAUGUGUAUCAAGCUACGAUUAAAGUUGCACUUCUUAACUCCAAUGAGUCAAUGACUUUAAGCAUCAUCUUCAAAGUUCUACUUCCAAUAUUUCAAGAGUUUAAAAAAUUUGACGUCUUUACACGAGAAUGCUUUAUGUAUGCAGAUAUGAUUCCAAGUUUUGAGAAAAUUUGGCUUGACGAAGCUAACGAAGUUGUUGAAUUUGCUCCGAAGUGCCUAAAAAGUCAGGAAAGUCCUUAUGAAAUUAUUGUUUUGGAUGAUUUAAAAGCAAAUGGAUAUCAGAUGAUGGAUAGAAGAGUUGGAUUGACAUUGAAUCAGACAAAACUUGCAUUGAGAAAACUAGCAAAGUUCCAUGCAGCUAGUGCUGUCAGGUAUCAAAGAAAUGGAACUGUUCAAAACUUUCUGGAUCGUAAAUUGUCAGUAACACCUGAAAAUAAAAGCAACAUUAAUCAAUUUGAAAAGCGAUGGAUAGCUGAUUAUCAUGGAUUUCUGGAAACUCUAAAAACUUAUCGUGACUGCAACUAUUAUGUUGACAAGAUUGCCGAGUGGAACCAACUGCAACUUUCAAGGCACUCAUUAGUUGUUGUUAAUCCAAUGAAAUGUGGAAUGGUUGUGCUGACACAUGGGGACUAUUGGCUUAACAAUCUAAUGUUUAAGUUCAACGAAUCAAAUGAAGCUGAAGAUGUACAAAUUUUGGAUUUCCAAUCAUCAUAUUGGGGCACUCCCUCGCUUGAUUUACAUUAUUUUUUGAUAUCUUCUGUCCAUGAUGACAUUAAGGUUGAAUAUUAUGAUGAAUUUAUUGAGCAUUAUCAUGAUAAGUUUGUUGAGUCGUUGUUGAAAUUAGGAUAUGAUCAAUAUAUUCCAACAUUGGAUGAUUUGUAUGAGGAUCUGCUGGAUAAAUCACAAAUGGUUGCAGUCUCUCUUCUGUUCAUCUUGUUCAUCACUAAAUAUGAUUCAGAAGAAGAGAUUAAUAUGGAAUAUAUCAUAACUGAAUGUCAAAAGGAGAGAGAGUUUUACACUAGAAUUUAUGGAAAUGAAACAUUUAAGAAGGCACUUAAGCUAUGGCUUCCUUUUCUAGACGAGCUGUUGUUGAUGCCGGCGAAUGCAAAAAAUGAAGGUUACAUGUCAAAUGUUUAUCGGGUAAAGAUAAAAAUUGAAAUUUUAGACACAAAGGAACGACUGAAUGUUGAUGUUGUCUUAAAAGUUUUACUUGCAAUUUAUGAAAUUUUCGGAAAGUUUGGGAUUUUUGAAAAGGAAUGCCUAAUGUAUGAGGAUGUAAUUUUGAAUUUAGAGAAGAUGUGGCUUGAAAAAACGAGUGAAAUCAUCCAGUUUGCUCCAAAGUGUUUGAAAAUCGAGGCAAGCUCAUAUGAAAUUAUUGUUUUAGAAGAUCUGAAAUCAAUUGGAUAUAAAAUGAUGGACAGAAAAAUUGGAUUAACAGUCGACCAAACAAAACUUGCAUUGACAAAACUGGCAAAGUUUCACGCUGUAAGUGCUAUGAAGUAUCAAGCGGAAGGAAUAAGUCAAGACUGUCUAGAACGGACAAAAUCCAUCACACCUGAAAUGAAACGACCUGAAAUGGAAAAGUUAGGAAUAACUUUAAUCCAACUUUAUCAAGCAUUUAUAGAUAAUUUAAGAAAGUAUGGAAAUUGUGAUGAAUAUGCUGACAAAAUUUCCUGCUGGGAUCAGAACAAGAUUUUACAUUAUUGGAUUAAAGUCGUUGAACCAAUGAAGUGUGGAAUGGUUGUGCUGACACAUGGAGACUAUUGGCUUAACAAUCUUAUGUUUAAGUUCAACGAAUUUAAUGAAGCUGAAGAUGUACAAAUUUUGGAUUUCCAAUCAUCAUAUUGGGGCACUCCCUCGCUUGAUUUACAUUAUUUUUUGAUAUCUUCUGUCCAUGAUGACAUCAAGGUUGAAUAUUAUGAUGAAUUUAUUGAGCAUUAUCAUGAUAAGUUUGUUGAGUCGCUGGAGAAAUUAGGAUAUGAUCAAUAUAUUCCAACUUUGGAUGAUUUGUAUGAGGAUCUGCUCGAAAAGUCUGAAAUGGUUGCAAUGUCAAUGUUUUAUGUCUUAUUAUCAGCAAAAUAUGAAUCAACUCAAGAAUUUGAUCUUGACUAUCUUACACUUAAUGAUGAAAAAGAUCCAGAAUUUUUCGAUCGGACUUAUGGAAAUGAAACUUACAAGAAAGCAAUACAAGCAUGGCUUCCUUUAUUCGAGGAGCGAGGUUAUUUGGAUAAAAUGUUAUAGGAUAAAAUAAAACGCAAAAGAUGUAAAAAGAACCAAUCCAAUUUCAAUUAAAUUUUGCUCAUAAUAAAAUCUAAAAUUCUAUUUUCAUUCCAAUAAAAUUUAUAUUCAAUUUUAUUCUUUAAAUCGCCUGCGGUGACCAUACAGGACACAAAAAACAGAGAGUAAAUAAAAUGAAGACAUAAUCUUUCUGUCCUAUAAUAAAAAUCAAAAUGUUAUUUUUGAGAAUUUAUUUGGUGAUGAAGAAUCGUUGUAUGCACAUGAUAGAUAAUAAAAGCAAGCAUAUAAAUGUCAGUUUCAGA